AUGCAGUUAAAUAAUCAAAUGGAUGCAAUAUUCUAGCAAGAAAAGGAAUAAAUUCUUGCAGAAUUUGAAACCAAACUUCGCAGACUACAAUUACAAGUUCAAAACAAAUAAUAUCAAGAUGGAAGUGAGUAUUUCGGUGAACUCAAUAAUGAGCUCAGAUGGGGUUAGGGAGUAUACUAUUAUUUUACCGGAGAUGUCUAUGCUGGAUAAUGGGCCAAUGACUUAUUUGAUGGAGAUGGAACCUAUAUAUUUGCAUCUGGGGAAAGAUACCAAGGCCAAUUGAAGGAAGGUAAAAAGCAUGGUUUUGGUACCUAUUACUAUCUGAACGGAAAUAGUUAUACUGGCAAUUGGGCCAACGAUAAGAAGUAGGGAAGGGGAGUGUAUGUGUAUGCAUAAACCAAUGAAAAGUAUGACGGUGAGUGGAAUAAUGGAUUAAGGCAAGGUUAUGGCACUUUCACAUAUUAAUGCGGAGUAUAUGAGGGCGAAUUUAAUAACAAUCUCAAGGAGGGCAAGGGUGUAUUAAAAUACAAGAGCGGAGCACUCUUAGAUGGGGAAUGGAAGAAGGAUAAAGUGGAAGGAGAAGCCAAAUUGACAUUACCCAAUGGGGAUUAUUACAAGGGCACUUGGGUUGGAAGUCACAUGAAUGGCUAUGGGAGAUACUAGUAUCAGAGUGGUGGCUAUUAUGAGGGCUGGUGGAAGCAGGAUUAAUUCCACGGUGAAGGUAUGUUAACAUAUGAAAACGGUGAUAUAUACAGAGGGGAGUUCCAGAAUGGUUUAAAACAUGGAAAGGGAAUAUAUUUGCACUAAAAUGGUGAUUAAUAUGAAGGAGAAUUCAAAAAUGAUAUGAGAGAAGGAUCAGGAGUAUUGAGAAUGAAGAAUGGAGACAGGUAUGAAGGAGAAUGGUCGAGUUCACUUAAGGAAGGAAAAGGCACUUACUAUUUUUCGAAUGGAGAUAGAUUUGAAGGUAAUUUUGUGGCAGGCAAAAGGUCUGGACACGGGAUUAUGUAUUGGUCAGAGAAAUCUUCUGUGAGUGGAUUUUGGGUGGAUGACAUAAUGAAUGGAUAGGGAGUUAUCAUAAAAGAGAAUGGAGAUAAGCUGUAAGCCCUAUUUAAAAAUAAUAAAUUAGUUGCAUGA